UGAUGGCUCAUUAUAUAAGGCGUAGCUGGAUUCCAUCAGGAUUCUCAUUCAUGUCCUCCAACCAUCACAGUCUUUUCAAUCCUUCCUCAUUCGUUUUACACUCCUUGAGACAAAGGCCUGCUCGCCGGUUCAUCACUCUAGCCAAUCUUUGCCAUGAAGCUCACAUCCAACAUCGCCCUGGCCACCUUGGCCGCCCAGGCCUCGGCGCUGGUGCAGCUCGAAGUCCGCUACAGUGACACAAUGAUCCCCGUCGGAGACCUCGACAUCUUCGCUGCCACCUACCAGGCCAUUUACGCCGAGAAGGGCAACCAGCGCUCCGUCAUGACCGACCGCACCUUCCAGACCUUCGACAACCAAUGCAAGCCGGCCGAGGAACCCAAUCCGGACCUCGAUGUCCAAGUGAAGAUCAACGGUGCAUGGGGCCGUACUCCCGGACUGAAGGACAACGAGAUGCGGGAGGGCCUUGUCGCCGCCAUGUGGGAGGUUAUUCAGCGCGUAUCAAACCCCACUGGUUACGAGGUCUGGAGCGAUUGCCGUGGCUUCACGUGGCAAGAGAGUGUUAAGUAUACACCUGACGCUGCUUGUGGCCCCAAGAGCUCGCGAAGCUGUAAAGAUCAAUGCCCCGCAGCGGUGCAGUGCAUGAAGCACGCGUGGGGCCACUCGGUGCCCUCGUCGAUGCGCGUCACUGCCUACAUCGAUGACAGGCUGCAGCCCGAUGACUUGAUUAUCGAGUUUGGUUCGCGCGCCAGGUCCCACGGCGGCGGCUGUGGCAUGAUAGGGGAUAUUGCUGGCGAGCUUGCUGGCUAUGUCAUUCCUGUUGUCGGCGGCCUUUUCGCCAAGGGUAUCUCCCUCGGUUGCAGCAACUAGAUGGAAGAUUUGAUGGAUAUGGGGGCUUUGACUUGACCAUCAUAGAAGACCUGAAGCGCGAGGCUUGUUCCUGUACAAUUAAUAGCUCGCACAAAGCACCUAAUACAAGUAGUUGGGCAUUUCCCAGCCUGAUUAUC